UUCAGUGUCAGCUUUUGGACAGAUGACCUUAUAUUCUUAUAACAAUUCUGGAGGGAAAUGUAAGUGGUGUGUCAGUCAGGACCAACAGACUGUAGACUGUGGAAUGGAUCUUACUUUCUAAGAUAGUCACUUUUAUCUAUGUCAAAAAGCAAUACGUGGACAGGUGGAUGAAAUGAAAGAUCAUGACCUGAUCUCACUGAUGGAAAGGAGCAACAUCUGUUUUAGUGUCUCUGGAUGUGUGAAUGCAGCAGGAACUACAGAUGAGCCAGACAUUCUACAAUACAAUCGCAAAGCCUCUCACCUAUAAAGGACAGAUGCUUCAACUGCCAAAGUAUUUAAAAGUACUUAAAAAUCCCAACACAAGGAACACGCCAGAUUGCCGAAUAUUCUACGCCAGAUGUUUGGAGAGUCAUCAGUGACCAUGAUCGCAUUAAAACCUGAUAUAAAGCAAAUCUUUCAUAAUGAGGAAGAUUCCUGCGUUUGCCCAGCAUGAAGCAUCUCAGUGGCAUCGUUUGCACACCUGGAUGUGUGGCAGUGAUUUGUCCUUUGUGAAAAUCCGGCAGCAGAAAUGAGGCCCGUGAGUCAUGGGUAAAAGAGCGGAGUAGCAGAUGGUGGCCUUUCACUCGACUGAAUCAGGGAAUUUCAAGCACUAAUUAUCAAUGGUCAGCAUGCUGAAGAAGACAAAAAAGGUCUCCUGAGGAUACGAAUAUGCAGAUCAAAUGCACACACUCAGUGGCCACUUUAUUGGGAACAUCAUACUAAUACUGGAUAAAAAAAGCUAGAAUGCACGACUUGCAGUGUGAUUUCAGAAAACCACCACUUGUUUUUGUCCUGUGAGGGUACAGACUGCUUGGUGAUCUCUGAAUCUUACAGUUUUAGUCUUCAUAUUCCAUCUGCAACAACACAAACAAUGGAAAAUUCAACAACAGCUUCUCAUCAUACCACUGAGAUGCCUCCAAGUCAUCUUAGCACCACCCUAACCAUGAACACCAUGAAUGAGAUGGAUCUCAAUCCAAUCGAGCAUCUGUGGGAUGUUUUGGACAAACAAGUCCGAUCCAUGGAGGCCCCACCUCACAACUUAGAGGAGUUAAAGGAUCUGCUGGUAACACCUUGGUGCCAGAUACCACAGCACACCUUCAGGGGUCUAGAGGAGUCCAUGCCUCGACCGGCUUCUCAUCAUACCACUGUAAUGCCUCCAAGUCAUCUUAUUACCACCCUAACCAUGAACACCAUGAAUGAGAUGGUUCACACUCACGUCAAUGAUGCAUCACUACAGGUGAUCAUGUGGGGUGCAUGCGCGUCUCUCAUCACCAUUCUGUUUAUAUUAGCCGCUGUGCUGCUACGCUACGUAUGUCAUCACAAAGGAUCGUAUAAGACACAUGAACCCAAAGAUGAAGAAAAUCCAAAAACAGAUGUGCAAGACUCCUCAGAUGAAGAGGAGGCUGAACCCAGAAAACAAGAAGAGUGCAUCUCGAGCAGUGGUUCAGCCUUUCAAGAUGACACACCAGAAGACAUAUAAAUGUUUGCUGCAAAAAGAUAUUUCAUGUCUGAAAUAGAGGUUUUAAUAUUAGUGUGUUUAUCGUUUAAUAAAAAUACCUCUGACUUCUUA